AUGGAAGCAUACGAACGCUAUAAUCGAGGUCAGCUUUUGAACGACCGCUACCUCAAGGUCGAAGACAUUUCUGAAGGGUCUUAUGGACUUGUUUCUUUGGCGAAAGAUACCAAGAACGAAAACACAUUAGUCGCUGUCAAGUACAUAUAUCCAGUGGACUACAAGAGGGCUCAGCACUAUAAAGAGCUUUCUAAAAAGACUGGGCGGGCCACUUCAUCGCCAGCCAAACUCAGAUCCAAUGUUGAAAAUGUUGUUUCCGAUAAGAGCGGCGCCUUGAGUGGCAUGUGUGAUGAUUCCAGUCGGGAAAUCCGAAUUCAUAAAAUUCUUGGUAUUCACCCCAAUAUCACCAACUUGGUGGACUAUUUUGGCUCGUGUCUUGUUCUCGAAUACUGUCCACGAGGCGAUUUAUAUGAGGCAAUUCAAAGUGACUUUGGGCCAUCUACUUCUCAAGAUAUCAAGGACGUUUUCCUUCAGAUCUUGAACGCCCUUACCUACUGUCAUCUGAAGCUGGUCUUUCAUCGCGAUUUAAAGCCAGAGAAUAUUCUCAUCGCUGAUGAUUGGCUGAUCAAAGUGUGUGAUUGGGGUUUGGCCACCACUCAACAGAAGGUCACUAACCGUAGUGAGUUUGACAUCGGAUCCGAGCGUUACAUGGCGCCAGAAUUAUUUGACGACGACUUAACAUACUAUGAUGCCUCCAAGGUUGACCUCUGGUCUGUUGGAAUCAUACUCUUAACGUUGGUUUUCCGAAAGAAUCCAUUUCAGGUCGCAAACUACACUGAUAAGCGAUUCUUGCAAUUCUCCGCUAACAGAGAAGCACUUUUUGACUUCUUCAGCGCAAUGAGCGGUGAACUCUUUAGUGCGUUGCGGUACUCGUUGAACAUCGACCCGUCCAACAGAGACUUGGCCAGCUUGCAGCAUGAAAUCGAGAAGUUGCGGUUUUUCACCAUGGACGAAGAGUAUUGGGCUGAACACAGCGAUAAUGGCGAAGAGGAAGAUUUGGGCUACGAGGCUGAAGAAGAAGAAGAGGACAGAGGACGUGUCAACAAGAAGGACGUGGAUUCUGAGGACGAAAUGUUCAAAUUCGAUAAGGAAAAAGAAGCAGAUGCACCUCAGGACACUCCAGCUACUGAAACUGAGCACCCACCUAGUGUUCUUAGCGUUCAGUCCAAAAAAGCGCUACAAUUUGCCAAGCAUAUCAACAUUGAUGUCACUGACAGUGAUGCAACUACCGCAGCUUCGGCCAGGGAUGACGAUAAGGAAGAUAUGCCUUACAACCGUAGAGCAGAUGCGUUGCUCUCGCCCAUUACGGGUGCCCGUCCAAUUCCAAUCAGUGGAAACAACCGGAUUCGGAACACCAGAAAGCCGUUUGGAGUUGCGUCGUACAAUAAGAAUCUUGGACGCAGUAACCAGAACGUUGGCGGCAGCUUUGGAGCUCGGUUCCGCAGAGAAGAUUUCUUCACUCCUCGCAGCGUGGUUGGUCAUUACAUGGACAAGUAUGGUGAACAGCGUGAACAAAAGGAACAACGCACCGAGAAGCGGCGGAAAUGGAACCGUGGACGCAAGCGUCAAUCGUGGAAAAAGAAAGGCGGUGACAAUCCCGGCGUUCGCCAAUCUAGCAUUUAUGCUAGUGGUCAUGGAAAUGGCAGUGUCUAUUCGCAAUCCCAAUCGUCCCAAAUGUCCCAGUCGCAGAAUUCGCAGCCAUCGCACUAUCGAAAGCAGAGAAACCGUCGUUCACGCAUAGACGGUGUUCCAACAAGCAGCAGCAAUUAUCAACAUCCCAACUCGUAUCAGGGAUCGCUCCAUGCGAGCUCCAGCUCGUAUCACCAGUCAGCUUCAAACCACGCGAGCCUGAAUGUCUACAGCCCUGUCCAGACACCAUACAGCCUGGUCCUGACUUUGCCCGUUAUAACAUCGCCCAAACUUGCCUCCUCCAUCUCAACCAGUGUCGGUCGUAACUUGCACCGUCACAUGCGAUCACCUUAUAAAUCUCCUCAGAAUGGAGCAGUAGGAGUUCUUACGGAGGAGAUUGAUCACUUGGCACUCAACGAUGAUGGUGUGUUCCACUUGGAAGACGACUUCGGCGUGGUGGAGUCAGACCCACAACCUAGCUACUCCUCACCCUACAGAAGUUACGAAGCAAGAUCUAUCUUUGGCAAUUCACAUGGUUCGUAUGCUAACACAAGCAGCUCCAUACCUGGUUCUCAGACCCAGAACUUGAAUAAUGCACAUAGCAGCCAUAAUGGACAAGGGUCCAAUUUCCACAAUUACCAGGGUUUCAACGUCUACAAUUCGAACCAAGCCAACAAUGGCAGCCAUCUGGGCAGUCGCCAUGGAAGUCAGCAGGGAAGUCACCACGGACUUUUCGUAAGCACUUAUGGAGGUAGUAAUGGUGCCCUGGCAUUCGUAUCAGGAAGACCUACGAGACGGCACCUGGUGGACCGAGAAGCUAAGUAUGUGCCUCCAAAUCGGCGGGGUUCGCAAAGCACCACUGCCCGCGAAAAGCGACGUUCGUUUCAGCCCGGCGCGCAUCACUCUAUCCACCAGACCCUUGAAGAAGCUGCUCAUAGCGUUCCUAACGAGCAAUGGCUUCUCCGUAAAGAAUGGAAGUAG